UUUGUCAUUUGACAAAUUAAUAGACACCAUUUUGUGUGCAGAUCGAAGUGGCAUAUUCAGUAGCAUUAAUAAGGUUGACUGUGAAUUAAUUAAAGACUCAAUAUUAAUCGUGUAUUGAAGCACAUUCCGGUCAUCACACUGCUAUUGUAAAGAUAUCCUGGAGUGAAAGUGAUAGUGCUCACAUAACUGUGUCAUCUAGUGAGUUUAUAAUACAAAUCACAAAAUGGCGACAGGUUCAGUUUAUAAAAGUUCAGACAUAGUGAUGGACUAUUGUUGCGAUGCUUGCAAAGAGAGACAUACUGACAAAAUUGCCGAGUCCUUCUGUAAAACAUGUACGAAGCUAUUUUGUGGCAAAUGUAUUAACUUGCAUAGCCAGUUAUAUGAAAAACAUGUCUCAUUUGGGAGAGGAGAUAUGAACAAAUGGCCUCUCAGUAAGAAAACAGAGGAUUUCCUACAGACUUGUGAGAUCCAUGAAGAUGAGAAGCUGAAAAUGUUUUGUCAAGACCACAGUCAACUCUGCUGCACUAAUUGUGUACUACUAGGUCACAGACAGUGCAAGGAGGUGACACUGUUAUCAAAGACAGUUAAAAGUCACUCCUCAGAUCUGCAGCAGUUGGCAGUUAAGAUCGGAAGUAUCUUGGAAGAACUGAAACAGCUUGGAAUUUCAAAAGAAGACAACAUUAAGUCUGUGGAGGACUCAUUCAGUGAACGACUUCAAGAAAUCAGAGAUGUGCGACAGAAACUAAAUGUUGCUUUAGAUGAACUAGAAAAGACCACUUUGCAAGAACUGGAAGAUAUGAGGACUGCACUGGAAGACUCCCUCCAGGCUGAUGUAGAUAACUGCAACAGACUGAAGGAUGAUCUGAAACAACUUCAUGAAGCUGUACAUGACCUUAUUGAUAAGAGCAAUGAGGAGCUUUCAUUCAUAGCUGGCAGGAAAUGUCUUGAUAAGAUUCAGAAGUCAGAUAAAUAUCUGAAGGGGAACUCUGUUAACAUUGAAUGUCCAAUAAUGUUCCAGGCAAACACUGACAUUGAAAAGUUCUUUGAGAAACAGCUAAGUCUGGGGAAGAUUGUAAAAUUGAAUCCAGACAAGGUGAUCACUUUGAAAGGAAAGUCAGAGCAUGAUGUGCACAUACCAAGUGACUUAAGUCAGACUUGCCAAAUCACAGGCAUCUGUAUUCUACCUAGUGGUCAGAUUGUUGUUGCAGAUGAAUAUAAUACGAGAGUGAAGCUGUUAGACCAGCAGUACAAUGUUGUCAGUCACUGUAAUGUCUCUGGUAGUCCAAGUGAGAUAUGCCAUAUCACAUGCAAUGAUGUGGCAGUAGGUGUAAUAGAAAGUCAGACAAUAAGUGUCCAGUUUAUUUCUGUUUGCAAAGGGCAGCUGGUAAACAACAGGAAGUUUCAGUUACAGCAUGGUAUUCUUGGUAUUGCCCAUCACCAAGGAGCAUUGUACAUCACCUCUCGCACUGCUCUGUACCACUACACCCUGACUGGAACACUUGUCAAAAAGAUCUAUGAGGACAUAUCAGGUGGUGACACAGUGUGGAAGUGUGCUGUGAGUCCAGCUGGUGACAGGAUCUAUGUCAUCAACUACAGCCAUAACAAGCUCCUCACACUGUCCACAGAUGGGACCCUGAUAUCCACCUACACUGACCCUCAACUAACAUAUCCAUGGUGUGUCUGUGUUACACCUGCAGGACAAGUGCUGGUCAGUUGUUUCUUGUCAAAAACUAUCAUACAGGUGGACACAAAAGGCAGGAGAAAACUAGCUACUCUGGCCAAUAAGACUGACCUUGCAAGCGGCUCAAUAUCAAUCUGCUACGAUAUCAACAGGAAUACAAUACUUGUGGGAAUUAUAAAUAACACCAAAAUACUUGUGCUUGAACUGCAUUAGUUAUUAUUUAGCUCGGCUGUUUUCGGAGAAAACCCGAGGUAUUGUCAUAGCCAGCUCGUUGUGUCCCAAACCUUAACAUUAUGUUAACCUUGUGAACAUUGGCUCUCAAAUGAAAGUGCUUCCACCUACAACUUUGAACCUUCAUAUGUACAUGCACCUUGAUGAGUUCUAAACGCCACACCCAUUUUUGGGUCACUAGGUCAAAGGUCAAGGUCACUGUGACCUCUAAUGUAAAACUUUAACAUAGGUUCUACAAUCAAAGUGCUUCCACCUACUACUUUGAAACUUCAUAUGUAGAUGCACCUUGAUGACUUCUACACGCCGCACCCAUUUUUGGGUCACUAGGCCAAAGGUUAAAGUCACUGUGACCUCUAAUAAAAAACUUUUAACAUAAACCUUAACAUUUGCUUUAAAAUCAAAGUGCUUCCACCUACAACUUUGAAACUUCAUAUGUACAUGCACCUUGAUGAGUUCUACACGCCAGACCCAUUUUUGGGUCACUAGGUCAAAGGUCAAGGUCACUGUGACCUCUAAUAUAAAACUUUAACAUAGGCUCUACAAUCAAAGUGCUUCCACCUAAAACUUUGAAAAUUCAUAUGUAGAUGCACCUUGAUGAGUUCUACAUGCCACAACCAUUUUUGGUUCACUAGGUCAAAGGUCAAGGUCACUGUGACCUCUAAUGUAAAACUUAAACAUAGGCUCUCAAAUCAAAGUGCUUCCACCUACAACUUUGAAACUUAAUAUGUACAUGCACCUUGAUGGGUCACUAGGUCAAAGGUAAAGGUCACUGUGACCUCUAAAAAAAUAAUUAUGACAAGCUUUCAUUUAUUGAAAACUGUACCCACAGCAGAGCAUCGGCACCCGUUAUGCGGUGCUCUUGUUAAAACAUUCUUUUUCAUGAAAUUUCAUAUAUUAUGUACAUUGCAUUUGUCUGUUGGUACAUGUAAUAGAAUCAAUCUGGAUUAUAUAAUGAAGAAAAUUUGUAUCAAUAUGCAACAUUAACACAUUGUGUAGUCAUUUUCAUUAGUCUUAACUUGUAUUGUGAUUUUUUUCUUCAUUUAUUUGGUUAAGUGUAUUGUUUGUCGCUGAUCAAUUCAAAUCCAAACAAUGUAUGCUGAACACAAAGUGACACAUGCCAUUUUAUAACUUGUCCAUUUAUUAUUGUAACAUGUAAACAUGACAAAAUCUUUGAUAGAUUGACUGGCUAGAGCUAAUAAUGUUUUGCUGAGUACACAUGUCUGAGAUGUGAGAUCACAGGCACUUGUUUCUAUUCGAGUCGCCUAUGCCAUUUUUUACCAAAAAAUGAAAGAAACUGUUUAUUCCACCUAAUUUCUCAAAUUGAAAAAUAAUAUGACCAAUUUUCUUAAACUUUAACAUUUGGCUCCUUAGCUAUUGCAGCAGAAGCCUUGAUUAUAUGGCAAAUAUAACAAGUUUGAAAGUAUUCCCAAAAUCUGAUUUUUAUGUUGAAAAGAGUUUCACAAACAUGUUUCUUUGGUGAGCCUUCACAAGACAUGUGGUAGUUGGCUUUAAAAUAUACCGAGGGGGUAAUCAGGUGACAAACUAGACGGCAAUGUGCAGAGUAUUUUUGGAAGUUAUAUACCCUUUAUUAUUCGUACACUGCAACUCCAUUGUAUUGCAGUUCGCAGGGUCCAAAGGUCGCAAUGGUGACAUAACUUGUCCGUUCAUCCAGGCAUGUAUAUGUAUGGAUAAGCAUAAUUUGGCAAUUUCAAAACAUGCUAUUUACGUAGCUUUAAUAAAGCGUUAUGUGUUAAAUCCAUGUGUAAUACAUACGUAUAACAUAAAAACAUUAUUCCACAUAAGUAUUUCAAAAUGCUUAAAAAAAAAAUGUUAUCCAAAAAGCAUUGGCACUUUUUUGUUCACAAAAGAUGACAAAAUCUAGCCACAAAUAAACACUUUUGUGUAUUUCCUAUAAAUUAUUUGUACUUAUUAAAAGCAUGCACAAAUUAGACCUCAUGUACAACUUCACAUUAUCCUUCAUCGUGAAAAGCUUUAUGAUAUUUGAAUUCUGAAUAAAAACUUUGUAAUGCAUUGGAGACAACUCACUUUUAACUUUACUUUUGGAAAAGAAAAUGGAAGUGCAAAAAACUGUCAUGCAGACUUUCCCUGUAAAUUACAAACAAGUUGUUUAUGUUUUAUCUAACGCACACAGGUUGUUGACAUAGGUCAGUAGGAUUCUGUAACAUUUAGUUAUUGUAUACACCUUCAUGGGGGGGACUAAUGUAUUCAGCAGCCUGAGCAAGAGGAAAGUGAUUGACAGCUGGCAUCAUGUCAGCUCAAAGUGAUUGACAGCUGGCAGCAUGUCAGCUCAAAGUGAUUGACAGCUGGCAUCAUGUCAGCUCAAAGCAAAUUCCAUAGAGAAUGUUGUGAAAGGUUACACACGAAAUUACCUUUGAUAUGUAGCAAGUUGGGUUUUUGUUUGUGGCAGUGCACAAGCAUGAAUGUGAUGCGCAAAGAAGGCAAACAAUCUGCAACAAACUGAAUUUAUGAAUGUCUAAUUUUACACAGAAAAUAAAAGCGGAUGAAAGAAAUGGGGUCCACGGCCCAGCAUUUUUUUCCCCAAAGGGGAAAGGUACCUGUACCCCUACAAUUGGGAAUUUUUCGAGUCAUGAAAUAUUCAAAUUGGGAAAAAAAACGAGUUGCAAAAUCAAUGAAUUGGGAAAAAUUCGAGUCGCAAAAUUGAUGAAUUGGGAAUCUUUAAAAUGCAUCUUAUCUAUCAUUAGGGGCUAUAUUCUGCAUCACAAAGCAUUUUAAGCUCUAGGUUUUAACAGAAAAACUUCAAGUGAUGAUAUUUUGACAAUCAUAUCAUGUCAUGUGAAAAUUGUGUUACAUUUUGUAUUGCCAUUUCAGUAGGAAUGUGCCUGUCAAUGGAAAAAAUCUUCUAGUGAUAGGCAUAAAAACUGAGGUUGCAUAAAAAAUAAAAAUUAAUAAUUUUGUUUAAGCCCUUAAAAGUCUCACAAGCCCUGCAAUGUUUGAUGUGAGUUAAAUUAAUAUCUUAAAAAAAACAAAACAACAACAAUGAAACUUGGACUGGUUUGAAAUGUUUCAACAAUAGACAUUAAGAAUAGCCUCACUAACCAAAAUGAGUUUUAAGAGUGGAAUGCUUUUACAACUAUUUUCAAAGGUAAGUCUUACAUUUUGUUUAGAUUUUUUUUCAAAUCAUCAAAUAAGAUAUUAAGACCAUCUGCCAUAAAAUGCUUAUGUAUAUGUUGUAAAUAACUAUAGUAUUUUACACACAUGUCUCAUUAUUUAAAUUUUAUGUUAAACUUUUAUUUGUUUACAUCCGUAUCCGAAUAGUUUCUGUCCGGAUUUGACACUUUAAAAACUAUACAUAGAUAUUAAGUAAUAUGAGCAUUUAACUCAAUACGGUUACGUUAUUUUUUAAUGUCAACACAAAUUAGUGUUGAGAAAGUUUAUUGAUGUAAGGAAGACUGGUCUUUACAAUGGAAAUCUUUCACGAGAAAAAUCAAUCACUUGUCGCAAUAAUGAAAUCCAGUCACAUUUUACACAACAGUUAGAGUUGCGCCCCUUUGAAAAGUUUUAUUUACUGUCUAUGCAACGGUGUCCAGCGAACAUAAAUGGCCGAAAAUGAAAUGCUCGACAAUUUCAAAAGAUAUUUCCAGCAAAAAUAAAAGGCACUGGCGAUUGGGAACGGCACCUAGGAUCGUUGGGAACGGUAGAUAUGGAGAUUGAGAAAGUUCCCGUGCUAAAAUUGGGAAGCCUCCGGUAGGCUUUGGGAAAGGUACCAUUCCCUGGUACUAGUUAAAGAAGGAAAAAACUGCUGUGGCCGAUUCGCGAUAUAUUGGACAUCUCGAUACACCGGACGGCAAUUAUAUUGGAGUUGCAGUGUAUUUAUUGUUUAAAUGCCAUGCACUUUCCAGCCAUAUCAGUAACAAAGAUAUCAGCGUUUAUUUUGUAUUAACAUUCGCUCUUUAUCUCAACUUAACUCGCUGCGAAUUUUCUUAGCAGGAGCUGUAAUUUUGUGACUGCUAAGAAAUUUUGCAGCGUGUAAAGUCGAGAUAUAGAUUCAAUAUUAAUUACAAGGAAUGCUAUUUUAUUUUUAUAUGCAAAAUAUUUUGCAAAUGGAUCAUAUUAAGCAACAAUGAAAAGGUUAGUAAAUAACAUGUCUUGAGCUGGAAAAAAUAGGCCAAUACAUGCCUAAUUGUUCAUACAUUUCAACCUGACCGGUAUUUGAGUAUUCCGGUUACCUUGCUAUAGAGGUGAGGCUAGAUUUCCCCAUACGAAAAUCAUUCUUUAUAACACCUGAGUAUAAAGUUCACCUAGCUAUAGCUGCCAUCAGCUAGUAUAUUUUACUCCCAAAGACAUUUUUCACCCAAUUCAAGCGGUUACGGGGCAGUCAUUUCGGGGUGCAAAAAAAACAAUAAAAUCAAAACUGUCUAUAUCUCAUAGGCAUCUUUUUUGUGUUAAAUAAUCUGAUUGUGAUUACUGCCUUUGAUAAGACAAUGUGUAUUGGAAGCAAUUAACGGCUGCAGUCAUUAUGAGCAAUAAUGAUACAGGUUUAAUUGUUUUGUUAACACAUGUGAACACAUCUAUAGCUUGAGCAGGUGACAAAGUCAAAAGAUCUUUAUCUCUGUGAACAACAAGAUUGGACAUUGUCGGCUCGGGUACUACUUACAUGUACCCCAACAAGAUUGGGCAUUGUCGGCUCGGGUACUACUUACAUGUACCCCGGGUACUCUUAAGUUUACUUGCAUGUACCCCGGGUACGGUAAAUAUACUUAAACAUACCCGGUAGAUAUAAGACUGUACUCGAGUUUUAACCGAUGUCGUAAAACGCGGUACCUAUUACCGUAAAAUAUAUUGUUUAUCUUUAACAAACUUCUUUUUUAGCAAAACUGCAUCAACAUGCUUUUUGAGUAUGAGUUUUGAUAGUAUAGAGGCCAUUUAACAGAAAAUUUGACUUAAAUGUCAACAUAAUUUAAAAUAAAAUAGCCGACAACGAACAAUUUAGCGUUAACAUGCCCAGGUACGUUUUAGUAAAUUUGCCUUACCCGUGAUACAUGUAAGUAGUACCCGAGUUGACAAUGACCAAUCGAGCAACACUUAACUAGGGAAUGUUGUUAUUUGGAGGCGAUAAAAGGAUUAUUGAUUGUCUAUUUUGGCAAAACAGAUUUUCAAUACAACUUGUAUAACAAAGUUUUGGCAUGUAUGCAAGUAUCAUAAAAUGAUUUUACUUACUCAAAAUAAAUUGUGGAAAUCCUU